AUGGGUGGCGGCAGCUGGGGCAAGAAGGGCGGCAAGUAUGCUGGGAGCCAGACCGGCAAGGGCAGGUUCGGUUGGGAUUCUACGGGCGGCGGCUGCAGGUCCGGAUGGGACUCUGCGGGUGGCUGGAACUCGUGGCAGAACUCCGAUUAUCAAGAGUGGCCACAAACGUCGGGCAAAGGAGACGGCAAAUCCAAGGGGUCGAAACACGGACAGGAGGCAGAGCCGCAGGACUAUGUUCGGCGCCUGGAAGGUCGCUACGCCUUCGCGAAGUCAGUACUCCGCCCUUACAGCGAUUCCCAAGGAGCGGUCGUAUACGGCCCCACCUCCGAAGGCCACGUCUGCUUUGAGAAGAGUCAUCUGCGCACGAUCCUGGAUCGGGGAAAUUCCGAACUCAUUCGGCGGCCGGCAGUGGGUCUUUCAACGACGGCCAGCAGCGUCACGGCACUCGCAACACUUCUGGAGGAAGCCGAGGAGUCGCACAAUCCCGUGGCUCUAGGUUGGAGUGCAAUGCAGCAAGUGCGAGGCAUCCUGGGCGCAGACAACGCAGAGGACUUCCGCGCCGCCUGUCGGGCGCUCAGCGGCGACAAGUCUGCAAAAAACAUGGGUCACAAACUCGAGGGGCAUGUGAAAGCCUGGUUGGAGUUUCUUCGUGCAAACAAGAACAGCCUCGCCAGUCAGCUAGCAGCCGUCGCGGACAUGUCGUCCAGACUGUACUUGGGUUCAGUGCAGCUGCUGGAGUGUGUCACUAUGUCCAAUGCUUUGCAGAACUGGGCAGAGAAGAUACCGAUGACGCACGCCAAUCAGGCAGCGCUACAGUCUUGGCAGCGAAAUCCCAAGGACGUGAGGAAAGCUUGGAAGUUCCUCGUUGCAUCAGUGGACAGUCGUAAACAGGAAGAGCGCUUUCGGGCCUCGAGUGGUUGGGGCGGCGACUCGGAUGAAGACGAGGCCGUGCCAUGGGAUGCGCGGCCUGCCAGGCGAGCCAGAGUUGAUACAUCCUCCUCCGGAGCCUCUUCCAGUGUGUCUCGCAAGAAGGCCUCGAAGCCAAGCAAGAAGCACAAGAAAGAAGGGAAGCGCAAGCUUGGAGAUGUCGAGAAAAGCUCGUCGGAGCGCCGCGGGCGCAAGAGGAGGCAUCGCGAGGAGGACUCCGAGUCGGACGAGAUCGAAUCCAAGAAGCCAGCGACCGCCGGGCCAGCAAAGAAGAGCAAGCCUGGAGUCGAGAUAAGCUCGGGGGCGCGCCGUGGGAGCGCGAGGAAGCAUCGCGAGGAGGGCUCCGAGUCGGCGAAGAAGGAAUCCAAGAAGCCAGCGACUGCCAGGCCCGAGCACGUGCCAACGGCAGGGGCCAGCACGAGGCGCGCGGACGAGAAGCCCCUCUGUGCUGGCUCUGCAGACGACGCACUUGCAGAGAACGAGGGCAAUGCCGAGAUGGCGAAUGCCGCAUCGACCGCGCAUACAGCCUCGGCCGGCGAGGAAAUGAGCGAGUUCGAAGAGAAGUGA